AUGCACGGCCUUGGAGGGCUAGUGGUUCAGAAUGCACUGGAUCUAUCACGUUCAAGCCCAGACGUACAUCUUAACAGUCUGGAAUCAAGCACAGUCGGGUUACUAUUCAUGGGUACACCACACUUCGGAUCAAACAAAGCUCGCUGGGGUGGCUAUUGCACGGCUGUAGCCAAGAAUCGACCGAUAAGCAUUACGUGCUUCUACGAGGAGCUUGCAUCACCCAGCAUUGAUAUGAUUGUAGAGUGUAGCUCUGCCAUACUUCCCGGGUACCCUAGCUACGGUAUUCACGCUGAUCAUAAGGGCAUGACUAAAUACACUAGCUGCCAUGACAAGAGAUACGAAGCGGUGGCAGGAGAGCUGAUCCGUUGGGCGAAAGACACGAGAGCGACGGUUUCACAGCUGGGGGAGCUGGAGCAAGAGUGUCUCCGCUGCCUCUAUUUCGAUAGCUUGGAAUCCCGCGAAGAAAGCAUUGGUCCACCCCUCGCGGGGACUUUUUCAUGGAUCUGGAACAGCGAGCGGUGCAAAUUUGUCGACUGGUUGAAAAGCGGGAGUGGUCCGUAUUGGAUAACUGGGCGAGCCUUAUCUGGGAAGUCGACGCUGUUGAAGUACAUCACCAACACGCCACCGGAAGAAAUCAGGAAAAAAGGCCUGAGAAAGAACCCCAUCGUCGCGUCAUAUUUCCUCGGACGGCAAGCCCAAAAUCCGACUGGAUCUACACUGGAGGGGAUCGCUCGAGCUUUGCUUUGGCAGAUACUUCGAAAAGAACAUCGAUAUUUCGACUCAGUGCUGCAUCACUUUCAAGACAUGAAGCAGUCCCGAUCAACAUUGGACUGGAAGCCGAGUGUUCUAUACGACAUCCUGCUUCAGGUAUUGGCGCAAAACCAUAGCCGCCCGUUAUGGAUCUUCUUGGACGGCCUUGACGGUUACCCUGGCGACUUACUUGAGCUGGCCGACGUGUGUCAGAAGCUUGCUGGGACCGCCAGCAAAAAGGUCCGCAUAUGUAUCUCUAGCCGCGCAGAGCAGGAAUUCUUAUGCUCGUUUGGCGCAACCCUUGCCUUAGAAGAGGCUAUCCUAAAGCUCGAGGAUCGUACUCAAAACGACAUUACCAUGUUUGCUACAGCGGAGAUAUCCAGGCUCUCCAACCUUCUGGACGGCUCUAGUAGAGCAAGGUUAAUAAAAAGCAUAUCGGCGAGGGCUAAUGGACUUUUCCCGUGGGUCAAGUUGGCCAGCCGUGAUGUUGUUCAAACCUACAUAUCUGGAGUGGGAGAUGAUGCCGAUAAACUCCUCUGUUGUCUGGAUAAUCUACCCGACGAGAUAACAGAGCUUUAUCUCGAGAUAUUGAAGAAACAAAAGAAACACCGUGAAUUGGCCUUACGCUUGCUUGGCGUGGUAGAGUUUGGAAAGAGGAGCUUCACACUCCGCGAGUUCGCUUUCAUACUCAACCCUGGAGAAGGCUUCCUAACCGAAAAGGAGAUCAACUCUCUGCGUCGUCAAUGCGACGCAAUAACAGGGGGGCUACUUGAAUAUCGGAACGGCCGUGUUGCGUUUGCUCACAAAACUGUUUCGAGCUCCAUUCGAACUCUAUUGGACGACCCGAUGUACUCCAUCCAUCUCCUCAAAGGCUGCCUUGUGCUCGGACAGGCAUGCAUACUCCUGUUGGAAUCAUUUGAUCUGCCAAAAGGGACUAGACAUAUGCCAAAGCUAAUCGAGAGGGUCGGUUAUAGGCUUCGAGAAUUGAGAAGCUACUCGAUCCAACAUUGGUUGCAUCAUCUAAGCUACUGUAACGUAGAGAUACUGGAUCUUACGUCAGAAGUACUACAGGUUCCACUAUCAGGUUUCGGAGAAUGGAAGAAGCAAGAUCUUGACUUUAUCGUUUCAGCAAAGUUUGCACCGGGAUAUCUUGUUUCCUUCCAUGUUGGCAAAAUCCUCACGGCUAAGGUGGCGCGGAUAACUUGUAAGGUCGAUUGCCCAGAUGCAGUGUUUCAACAGGAACAGAUUGAAAUUGGGGACAACAAUGACUGGAUUCGAGCAUUUCUCGACCCUGCCACCGGCAUUGCAACAUUCUAUAACCCCAUUGACUUCAGACGCAGUCCGUCAGCAGGCCUUGAUGGUAUCAGUGGUCAUAAGAAGGAGAUCAUGGUCAAGCCAUAUCUAUUCACUCAGAUUUAG